CUCCCAGGCGAACGUGCAGGACCGUGUGCUACCAAGAUUCUUUCAAACUGUCCGUUUGCAGCUUCUCACCGCGUACUUUGCAGCAGCCUGUUGUCGAUCUCUGCCUGGCCGACGAGAGAUCCUGUCUAGAGCGAGUGACAUUUAGUGAAGUGAACGUGAAAGUGUUAUUUUGAACUGAGGGGUCGUGUUUGGCGCGCGUCGUGGCCCCACGUGGUAUACUUCAGUGUGUCAUUAUCUUGCUCCAGCUGUGCCCUUUUCACUUCGUAGGAGGCGAAAUCAGCCAACUCCACGAGUAUUUCUCGAUAGUCGAGAAGAGAGUAAGAGAAGGCAGCAAACUUUCAUCAGACAGCACGAUGCGCGUCGCCAAGUGACAGCAGGAGUUGACAGUUGAAAGCUCGUGGAAACCUCCCGCCGCCUCGCCCGCCCGCACACCCAAGACCGCGCUCGGGACUUCUCAGAAAGGACCUUUGCGCUGUAGUGAGACGGCCUCGACCUCAGACAAGGCGGAUAUUCAAACAUCAUGCAUUACUUCUCAGACAAUUCCCAGGAUGGAGAACUUUAUGUAACAGGUCGCGAGAGGUCCUCCUCGUCCAGCACAGACGACCCUUCCUCGGGCGGAGACGACUCCUACCUGAGGGCGGCCGCAGCGGCUGCGAGGAAGCGCCGCGGAAACCUACCCAAAGAGUCGGUCAAAAUUUUGAAAAAAUGGCUCUACGACCAUCGCUACAACGCUUACCCGUCCGACGAGGAGAAGCUGCAGCUGUCCCGCGCCGCUAACCUGUCGGUCCUUCAG